AUUUUUAACUGUAGCAUUGGCGCAGGUUGUAACUGCUUCUUGUAAAAUAAGAUCAUUUUCCAACUUCCGUUGUCAACACCAAAGGUUAAGGGUAAUUUCCUGUCAUGUAGAGUCAAGUGUAUUAGUGACUUGUCCAUGGUAUGAGGGAGUAAAAGUACAGUUGUAGGAAUUGGAAUAUACAUUAAUUUUUGUUGUUUUAUGUUUAUGUGUAAGGGCGUGCAUUUAAUAGUUUGUUUUCGUACUAUCGAAAAGAAAAUGUUUGUAAGCAUUAUACUAAGUACAACUUCAUAGCUAGGUACGCAUUUCACCAUGUUAUUAAGUACAGCAGCAUUUAGUAUGCCUUUGAAGAUGUUUCCUCUACUCGCCGUCAACCGAAUGCGUCUGGUCUUUCGCAGAUUUACAAGUAUAUAUACUUCUUCGCAGUCCAGAGCAGUUAGAAAAAAUGAAUUUCGAGAAGGUGAACUUCGGCCUUUGUAUAUGGAUUUCCAAGCUACCACACCACUGGACCCACGAGUUCUGGAUGCAUUGCUGCCAUAUCUGCUAAAUCUUUAUGGAAAUCCCCACUCUAGAACUCAUGCAUAUGGCUGGGAGAGUGAGGAAGCCAUGGAAAAAGCCAGAAAGCAAGUUGCAGCUCUGAUAGGAGCAGACCACCGAGAGAUAGUAUUUACCAGUGGUGCCACAGAGUCCAAUAACUUGGCGCUUAAGGGUGUUGCCAGGUUUUAUAAGUCUAGGAAGAAGCACAUUAUCACAACACAGAUAGAGCAUAAAUGUGUGCUUGACUCAUGUCGUGCUUUGGAAGUGGAAGGCUUCAAUAUAACUUAUUUGCCUGUAAAGAAGAAUGGACUAAUAGAUGAAAAGCUCUUGGAGGAUGCUAUUAGACCGGAUACAAGCCUUGUUUCCAUUAUGACAGUAAACAACGAAAUAGGAGUAACUCAGCCUAUUAAAGAAAUUGGUCAGAUUUGCAGAUCUCAUAAUGUUUUCUUCCAUACUGAUGCUGCACAGGCAGUUGGAAAAAUCCCUAUUGAUGUGAAUGAAAUGAAAAUUGACUUGAUGUCCAUAAGUGCUCACAAAAUAUACGGACCAAAAGGUGUUGGUGCACUUUAUGUCCGCCGUAGACCAAGGGUACGAUUGGAGCCAUUGCAAAGUGGUGGUGGACAAGAACGGGGACUUCGCUCAGGCACUGUUCCAACUCCAUUAGUAGUGGGUUUAGGAGCAGCUUGUGAUGUGGCAGCACAAGAGAUGGAGUAUGAUCGUAAAAGAAUCACUGCACUGUCAGAGCGACUGCUUAAGAAAAUCAUGAGUGAUAUUCCUGAAGUGAUCCUAAAUGGAGACCCAGUGCAGCGAUUUCCAGGAUGCAUCAACCUUUCUUUUGCUUAUGUGGAAGGAGAGAGUUUGUUAAUGGCUCUGAAAGAUGUAGCACUUUCAUCUGGGAGUGCUUGCACAUCAGCUUCUUUAGAACCAUCCUACGUGUUGCGAGCCAUUGGGGCUGAUGAAGAUUUAGCACACUCCUCCAUCAGGUUUGGCAUAGGUCGCUUCACUACUGAAGAGGAAGUAGACUUCACAGCUGAAAAAUGCGCUCAGCAAGUAAAGCGACUGAGAGAAAUGAGCCCACUGUGGGAAAUGGUACAAGAAGGAAUUGAUCUGAAGAGUAUAAAGUGGACCCAACACUAAACUAAUGUGAUUGUACAAAAUAAGAAAUGGCAGAAAAUGCAGCUGCUUGUUCAUGUAUAAAAACAAUACGCCUUAUUUUCCUGGAAUAUUGCAUAACUUACUCACUGUGUAAAAAUGUUGUGCUGCCUGAAAAAUGAAAGCUUGUAAAGUGCAACUUGUUCCACAGUUUUAACUAUAUCGCCUUUCUUUUUUGUGUUAUAGUUCUUGUACUGUAAUGGUUAUGUUGUAUCAUAUUUUCCUGUUAUAUUCUUUGUACCAUAGACUGACAGGUAUGUUGGGUCAUAUAAGAAGGUGUAAUUUUCCGUACUGCAGUGCCUUAGUAUCAGUUCUUAUUUUUAUGACAAUGCAAUUUGGAACUUUGAAUACUUGGUUCUAAAUUUUGAAGGAUGAGAACAGUAUAUGGACAUAAAGAUUUGAAAGUAUUUGAAAACUGAAGAGUUGUCAUUUAAUGCCAGUAGAAAACAAGCAGCUGAACAAUGGAGGCCAAGGAUCCAUUAAGCACAGAUUUGUUUGCAAGAUAUACAGUAUGAUUUAUCCUAAAUAUUAGUCAGCUUGUUUGUGGCUUAAUUCUGUUGUAUUGUGCUGAAUAUAUAAAAAUAUUUUGUGUACUUUAUGCAUUUCAUAUACUUCCAUUUUUCCUCACAUGGUUCUCUGCUGCACUGCAUUUGAGUACACUGAAUGUGGCCUGAAAGUGUAAAUGUUAAAAUAUUGAUGAGUACUGUGACACAAGUUUGCAGAAGAAUACCUUUAAAACUUAGUUAACCCUUAACAAUAAACUUUAGCUAGAAAGUUUUUCUUCCACAAAACUUUAAAAA